CGACUGAAUAUAAUAUCAAACUUUCUGCUAAGAAGAGGACUUUUCUGCACUGAAGAGGACAUUGAUUGGCUGUGAAGAUGUGUGGUAUUGUCAGUAGUUGUGCACUUGCAGCACUGCUGCUGGCUGCAGCCUGGGCAGACCACCAUCAGAGCCACGGCUCUGAACACAGCCAUACCGGAGAUAUUACCUCCAACAAGCUGUCCUCUCCCAAUGCUGACUUUGCAUUUGCCCUCUACAAAAGUCUGAACGCUGAAGCCGCUCCUGGAAAGAACAUCUUCUACUCGCCGUUUGGCAUCUCCACCGCCCUGUCAAUGGUCUCUGCAGGGGCUCGAGGGGAAACUCACAGCCAACUGUUCUCCAGCCUGGGCUACAGUGCCUUCAACCAAACUCAGGUCAAUGAAGCAUACAAGCACCUCUUUGACAUCCAUGGACGCAGCCAGAAGAAUCUUCAGCUGGAUGUUGGAAAUGCUGCUGCAGUGCGCUCGGGCUUCAGUCCUCUGGAGAAGUUCCUGAAUGAUGUCAAGCAGUUCUACCAAGGUGAGAUCUUCAAUGUGAACCACAACAAUCUCUCUGAGGCUGCAGCUGAGAUCAACAGAUUCAUUGCAAAUAAAACCCAGGACAUGAUCAAAGAUAUGGUGAAGGACCUAGACCCUGAUAUGGCCAUGGUGCUGAUUAACUACGUCUACUUUAAGGGAAUGUGGGAGAAACCUUUCAACAGUGAUAUGACACGUGAACACGACUUCCAAGUGGACAAAACCACCAAAGUUAAGGUGGACAUGAUGACAAGAACCGGCAACUACAAGGCUCACUGGGAUCAAGAAAACCACACCACUGUUGUCAUGCUGCCAUACAAGGGCAAAGCAUCCAUGAUGAUCAUCCUGCCUGAUAAAGACAAGAUGAAGGAGGUGGAGGGCUACAUCACCAAGGACUACAUCAGACACUUGAAAGACUCA